UAGCCGAUGUGAUUUAGGACAUUCUUUUAUGCCAAAUUUCCCCCGCUUCUUGGUCGAACUCAUACAUCCCGACUUUCAAGAUAAAAAAAAGAGAACGAAUGUGUGUAUUUUUAUUUGAAUCUAUACAAUAUUAGGUCAUCAUGAAGUUAUUUGGCGUGUCAUCUGUGAUAUUAUUGUCUGACAUAUGGAAAUGAAUUUUGUCAUAAAGUCGAGUAUCUGUGAGAAAGAUUGCGAAGCAAUUUUGCAAUUUGGGAUUUCGCCAGAGAUAAAGACGCUAAAAAGAAAUCCGCCGCGGCGUGACGUCGGCACGGGACCCCGAGCGCGGCGACGCGAUGACGUCACGUUCUGUGGGAAUAAUGGGCGGGGUCUUACGCGAGUCACGUGAGCCAGCCGGCCCUUUGUUGAUGAGAUCCGUCGAAGAGGAACAACGAGAACGAGAAGAACGAGCACAACAAAAGAAGAAAGAAACAAACCCGCUUGCAAGAGGGACACGAAGAAGAAGCAGGAGGAGGAGAAGAAGAAAAAGAAGAAGCAGCAGCAGCAGCAGCAGCAGAACCUCGUCCGUUUGGAUCUCGGAGCUGGCGGGUCUCGCUUCUUGUCCGUCCGACUCGUGAGGAUGGAGGCGCAGUCCGGCUUUUGAGGGGCCGAAGCCCGCCCGACGGUGGGGGUCGCCGUUCGCGCUCAUCUUCCUCACCCUCCUCAUCGUCAGCCUCUUGGGGACAAAAGCCCGUCUGACGUCAUCUGGCGCUCGCCCAUCAUGGCAUCGUGGUCUUCCUCCCCCUUCCUGCUCGUCCUGCUGCUCCUUCCCGAGGCCCUCGCGAGCGGAACUCCUCGAGGACGAGGAAGAGGAGGCGCGCUCGAAUGUGGACCGGGAAAGAGCGACGAGUGUCCAGACGCGUUUGUGAAGAAGAGCGACCUGCGCGUGUGCGACGCGGGCACGUGUCGUUUUGGCGGGACCUGCCGCGAGAACGGCGCCGACAUCAAGUGCGUGUGCCACUUCCACUGCCACAAGAAGUACGUUCCCGUGUGCGCGUCCGACGGCGACACGUACCAGAACGACUGCUUCCUGCGGCGAGCCGCCUGCAAGAAGCAGCGAGCCGUCGCCGUCGUGUCCGAGGGAGCCUGUUACCACGAUGGCGCGUCGGGAUCUGGAGACGGAGAUCACGAAGGUUCUGGCGGCGGUCGUGGCAAAAAAACGUCCAAAUGCGGAAACUGCAAGUUUGGUGCCGAGUGUGAUGAAGACUCUGAGGACACACUCUGCAUGUGCAACAUCGUGUGUAACGGCCACAACGACAACCCGGUGUGCGGCGGCGACGGCGUGACGUACGAAACGCCGUGCCACGUGCGCGAGGCGUCGUGCCUCAAGCAGACCAAGAUCGACAUCCGCCACGUGGGCCGUUGCCAAGACAAAAGCAGGAAGGACGACGGCGUCAAGAUGAAACCGGACGUGUUCGGUAAAGAUGCUCGCUGGCGGUUGCGUCCUCGUCCUCCUCGAAUUGCUCUUCUUCUUCUUCUUCUUCUUCUUCUUCUUCUCGCAGCCGUUUCCGAGUCUGGCGAGGGGGAGGGGCUAGUGGAAGGCUCCGCCCCCUGCCCUCCGGACCACGCCCUCGUUUGCAUACACGGCCAAUGUGAGAUGAGGAGCAGCCGGGCCACGUGCAGGUGCUCGGCGUCGUACGGCGGUCCUCGCUGCGACCGGCCGGUGGACUUCAACGUCCUCUACGUGGUCCCCAGUGGGCACAAGCUGCAUUACGUCCUGAUCGCCGGCGUCAUCGGCGCAGUCCAGAUCGCCGUCAUCGCGGCGCUCGUCAUGUGCUUCGCGAGGAGGUGCAACAAGGCGAAGCGAGGGCGAAGACAGAAGCAACAUCUGGGCCACUUCCCGCCGGGAACGUCGUCCAGGAUGAUGUAGCCUAGCCUAGCUUAGUAGCGACGCAACUCCUUUUUUUCCCACUUGAUCCACUUUUUUUCCACGGACACUUUUGAUAACUCCACUUGUGGUGCCUCUUUCUUUUCUAGUCAGAUACUUUCAACUCCUAAGGGGCCUUAUUGUUUAGGUUUACUUUUUUAUUGGAUUUUUGUCACGUUUUCUCUUUUGGUCGAUUGUUGAUUUUCAUUGGGGACAUGUCUCUGCUCAGUUGCUGAAUUUUUCUAAGAGGCAAGUGCAGAUGAGCUCUAACACUGUGGAUGCGCUUUUUGGGGGGGUUAGCACGCACGCUAACGCCUCUUCGCUUUUGUUUACAUUUUGGAAGGAAGCGGCACGUUUUUGGGAAUCUCACAACGUGGAACUUUUUCAAACUUUGUAAAGCUUUUCUCGACGCCUCGGAAUUCACCAGUCACGACGGUCGCUCGCUCGAAGGCACCGCGAGGCGUUUAAGGACAUACGUUUGACGCUGCCGACGUGCUGCAGGGGGCGCUCUCAUCUCAACUUUGUUGCAAUGUCACGACAAGCAAAAUGUUUUGUUUUUUUUCUACUCUUUCCGGUCCUGACUUCCAAAGCAACAAAUCCACGUGUUUGUCCUUUCCAGAAAAAUGUAUUCAAUGUUUGUUUUUCUUGAUUUCUAUUCAAGAUGAUAAUGUCAAGAUUUUUCAUCUUUUUUUUUUUUUUUUAUAUUUAAUGUUGUUACCAAGUGUCCACGUUGCUCGUUUUCAUGUUCUAGAUGAAGCAGCCACGACCGGUCCCGGUCCGAGUCGUGGCCGCGCUGUAGCUGUUGCAUGCCGCCGUGACGUGUCGCUGUGGUUACGAUGUUGUAGAAUUAAAUCA